AUGCCGGUGUUUGUAGAGGAUCCAUCGCAAUUUUCCAAGCAGAGGCUGAAAGCGGAGCUAAUAACGCACAAUGUUGAAUUGCCCGCUAGGGAGAGUAAAAAAGAGGUUUUGUUGGAACUCUACCUGAAACAUGUUGGAGUGAAGCCCACAGCUGAUUUCUCUAGUGAUGAAGAAGAGGACCAGGUGCAAAACGGCAAUGACGAGGGAGACAAGCCAGAUCCAGACAUGACAGACCUGAGUUUACUGACAGACGAACAACUCAAAGUUAAAUUGCUAAAGUAUGGAGUCAAGGCUGGACCUAUAGUGGAUUCUACCAGAUCUCUGUAUGAGAAGAAGCUGCAGAGGUUGAUGGAACCUGCUCCAGAGGUCAAAUUAAACGGCACAGGAGAUGCAGGCCAGUACUCUGACAGCGAGGAAGAACAGGAUGAGGAAGAGGAGGAUGAACAAGAAGCACCUGAGCAGAGUGAUCCAGAAACAGUGACAGAGCUGGACUCAGCUGCCAAUCAGUUGAAGCGGAGUCCUGGCUCAGGAGAGUGUAGUUAUGCUGACUCCUCCACCUGCAGCACCUUCAGCAUCACUCAGCUGGUGGAGCAGGGAAGUUUGUUAGUUGCUGUGGUGACAGCGUCUAAAUGUCCUCUCACUGUGAUUGGGUUCACUUUGGAGCCAGCCAAUGAUUUAUUAAAGGAGAUGUUUCCAGAUGCUGAAGUCACACCCUUUGGGAUCAGCGCCACACGACGUAGACCCAUCAGAGGAGCAGCAGGUCGACCUGUGCAAUUCAAAUACCCACUUCCUGAUUUCAGCCCUGCGAGUGUGGAGAGAAAGGAGAUCAGUCGUCGCCUUGUCCCUCUGUGGAUUCAGACCGUCAUCUUCCUUAUUGUGUCGUCCCUUCUCUUUCUCAUCUACAUGACGUUUGAAGAAUUUUCAUACUAG